AUGACUUUAGAUAGCCACAGCAGUGUAUCUCGCGACAGCUCAACCGACCUCACUUCACUGGCCUCAUGGGACUUUUCAUCGGAAUCCACCACUCCGGCCAGUACCCGACGACAACACAAAACCCGGACGCUGGCACCAAACCUCACGCGUCGCUCACAUAAGAAAUCUCGAGGCGGUUGCUUUAGCUGUAAGAGUCGCAAGAUCAAAUGCGGUGAACAGAAGCCAGCAUGCGGGAGCUGUCUCAUGAAAGGCAUCAACUGUGUAUAUCCCACCGAGCAACCCGUCCGAAAAUCCAACCUGCCCUUGAUAAGGCGGAAUCCACACACUUCGCCAUCGUUCCCCGGCGCCACAUUCUCCAUUCUCGACAUGAGAUUCUUCCAUCACUUCCUAACCAUCGCAUAUCCUCAUUUACCCGUCGACAAUGACCAUGUCUGGGUACACGACAUCCCCCAAUUCGCCGAACAGCACGAAUACCUUAUGCACGCGCUCCUCUCACUGGGAGCCUCGCACCUCAGCCGACUCACAGGGGUCGACUACCGAAGAGAAUCCCUUGUCCAUCGCGGCCACGCGAUAGCCGGACUGAACCAAGCGCUCAGUCGAAUGGCGCGAGCAUAUGGAGAAUCUGACGCGAUGCUUGCAUCUUGCUACGCGCUCACCUUCCAAGCAUCAUACAUGGGCGACGGCCUGGCUGAUUUCAUCACCAUGGUGCGCGGCUGCGCCUUGACAACAGACAAAAUCCGACAAGAACACUCCCCCACCGCAUUCAAUCUGCAACCGGACUGGCACUUCAAAUUUAUGGCGCCGCGUUUGCAUCACCUUCCUCCUGUCGACCCGACCCUGUUAGAAGAUGCGUACGCGGCACUGGAGAACAUCAGGCCAUACCUGACCGGGGACACCGAAAUCGACUUCCACGCGGCUCUCGUCGAUGUGAUCGUAUCGCUCCAGGCCAGCCCGGCGUCCGGCUAUAUCCAAUUCACCGGCGUUUACGGCGUGUGGUAUGAGCUGUGCCACGACGCCUUCAAGACGUUCCUGGACCCAAACAAUCUGGUCUCGCAGCUUCUGCUCGCUUACUUCGUUGGCAUUCAACUGCUCAUGGUUCCCCUCGCGGCGCAUGAAUGGCCGAAUCGCGCCGACGUCUCGCGCGUGCGCGUCUUAUACGGCACCAUCGAAUGGGCCGAGGGAAUCUUCGAGCGUCUCGAAUCGUCCGAAUUCAAAGCCCAUCUCGACUGGCCAAAAAGUAUCGUGCAGACCGUAGUCGCCGAAAUCAACGGCGAUGUACUCCAACUACCACCGGUGCUCCAGCUGCAUUUGACAGGCAGAGAUAUACCACCUCAGACGACAAUCUUGGCUCCAUCAUGA